UUUGAGCUAAUCUGACGCAUGAUUUUGUAGUACAAUCAAUAUAGGACGUAAUCAAAUAUUAUUAAGUGUGUGAAAAGCGUUUUAUUUUUACCAUAUGCUGGGAAGCAGAUCUGAUUCAAGUAUGAACCUCCACGAAUUUCUUGUGUAACUUGACAAGUUUAUUUCAUUCCGUUCAAAGAGUAACAUCGAUGGUGAUGAGGCUUCAGCACGUCUGCCACUAUCAGUACUCGUUAAUUUCUGUGGCAUUUACGCAGCACGUGGAGAAUCCUGUGUGUGAUAGGUGCACAGGUUCCUUUUGACUGACUGAGGAGUGAUCCAGGAAUGGAGGAAGACCAGCAAGAGGCAGAAGCAAGCCCAACACCAUCAGCAGUAUUUGACGAUGAUCCGCAGAAUAUGUCGGAUAUUCCUCAAAACCUGUCAGAUGAAGAUGCUUUUAAACUUCUGUGGGAAAUGAAGAUGCGAAAAAGGCAAGGGAAACCAAAUCUGCCAGACACUGUCACUGAACUUAGCACAGAAGAUGGUUGUAAGGUGUACCUGGUUGGCACAGCCCACUUUAGCGAUAGUAGCAGAAGAGAUGUUGUAAAGACUAUUCAAGAAGUGCAGCCGGAUGUAGUGGUUGUAGAACUAUGUCAGUAUAGAGUCUCCAUGCUCAAAAUGGAUGAAAAGACAUUACUUAAGGAAGCCAGUGAAAUCAAUCUGGACAAAUUACAACAGGCUAUAAAACAGAAUGGAGUAAUGUCUGGACUGAUGCAGAUGCUGCUUUGGAAGGUCUCUGCUCACAUCACAGAACAGUUGGGCAUGGCCCCAGGAGGGGAAUUCAGGGAGGCCUUCAAGGAGGCUGGGAAAGUGCCUUUCUGUAAGUUUCACCUUGGGGAUCGGCCCAUCCCCAUCACCUUUAAAAGGGCCAUUGCUGCACUUUCUCUCUGGCAAAAGGUCAAAUUAGCCUGGGGCCUCUGUUUCCUGUCUGAUCCUAUCAGUAAAGAUGACGUAGAAAAGUGCAAACAAAAAGAUCUUCUGGAGCAGAUGAUGUCUGAAAUGAUUGGAGAGUUUCCUGAUCUUCACCGCACCAUUGUUGCUGAACGAGAUGUUUACCUAGCCUAUAUGCUAAAGCAAGCCGCAAAGCCGUUAGAACUACCUCUGGCUUUGGGACCUGAGCCCAGCCAGCGAAUGCCAUCCGUUGUGGUAGGAGUCGUUGGAAUGGGUCAUGUGCCAGGAAUUGAGAAGAACUGGAAUAAUCUAUUAAAUAUUCAAGAAAUAAUAAGUGUUCCUCCACCUUCAUUAGCUUUGAAAAUAUUGAAGUUUACUCUUAAAACAACUGUUUUUGGACUCGUGGGUUAUGGCUGCUACCGUUUGGGAAAAGGGACCAUUCAGUUGAUGCUGUCAAGACCAUUUGUACAGAGUUACCUCCAUAAAUACUCAAGUAAAAUCUUCUAACUGAAAGGAAGACAUUGAGAAAUGCUGACGGAAGAUUUGGAUUUUCCAGUGUUUGAUUUACACUUUGAAUUCAGUAACAGAUGUGAUUCAGAACAUGGAUGACUUCAGGUUGACAGGCCGCACCCGCUGGGAAUGACGAGAAAUAAUUAAGAAAUUACACUGAUUCCAUGUUAUGCAAAAAAGCAUGAGUUGUAACUCGCAAGAAAUGUGCUCUAUAAACUUAAUUCACAAGUUACUGUAUUUUAAGCCUGUCAGUUUGAGAGUAGGUGUGGCAGAACGUAAAUUUACAAAUUCAUAUUUUGAAAUAUUGCAGUAGUAUUAUUUUCAUUGAAUGCACAUCAGGAAGCCUAUGGUUGCUUUAGAAUCGUGUUCAGAUGCCACUGGGGCAAUUUUGGGAUUAUCUCAUCUGCUCUUUAACAAUUGAAACUACACAGAACUGUCCUGGUAACUUUUAAGAUUUUGAUGUAUUAUCCAAAAGGCAGCAAUUGUUUACAGUUUAAGAUACAACCAGUAGCUUUUAGUUACAUUUAUUAACUCUUAUUUUGAAGGUUAAUGGAUUCUAAUAAAAUAAGUAUUUACAAUUAUUUAUGAUUCACUCUUUCAAAAGCUGCAUGCAUUUCCAGGUUUUUGCUUCCCCUUCUGAAGUUUGCCAUUUUACAGCAUAUUUCAAACUGAUGUGUAGACUUCCUCCCCAUUUUCCACCCACCCCUGCCUCCCUCUUUCCAGAGCAACAUAUUUGAAAGACCUUUUACUUGUAGGAGUGCUGAAGGAAGAUUUGCAUUUUUCCAGUGUUCAAUUUACACCUGGAAUUCAGUAACGGAUGAGAUUCAGAACAUGGGUGAAUUCUCAUUGAAAGGCCACACUAGCUGGGAGUGAUAAAAGACCAGAAAUCUCCAUUUCUGGAAAUAAUGAGGGGUUGCUGUAUAAUUACUAAGGCCCCUUCCCUUAUUUUGGUUAUUUUAGAUUACAAUGAUUAGUAUUCUUUGAGUACGAGCAGGGCUAUGUUCCGAUGAGGGAUUUUCACUGUCAAGUUUAAUGGGUUUUUUUUCAGUUCCAUACACAGGUAUCCAGUUGCAUAGUAGAUUUAUCACCUGUUUCUAUCCAGCAAGCAUUUCAUCAAUUUUCUGCGUUGUUUAAAAAGUAUGAAGAACACUUAAUGCCGUACAAUGACAUAAUCUGCUUUUAAUACUCCACCCUUCUUGCCUUAGUCCAGGGGCUCCCAGCCUGGGGCCCACCAACGCCUUGCUUAAUAGUACUGCUCCUUAGCAUAAACAAAGGUCGGGAACCCCUGCCUGAGUCAAAUGAUUAUAGCAUUCCUAAUAGCCGAUUACAUGCCAAAUCUGGCCAGGCAGUAAUCUGAUUGAAAACUGCUUCCUCUAUCAGAGUUGGGAAUAUAAUACAUUCUUCAGUUUAUUAUGAAUUGUAUUCUGCUACGCUCGUUUUUAUUUAUGGACGGUUGAUAAUUAAAAACACAGUUUGCCAGUGUUUUAGUUUGCAAGGUUUGCUCUCGUUGAUUACGCUAUUCUGAAUUUGUAUUUCCAUUAAAUGUUUUCAAAUCAUUCGAGGAAUCUAGUAAGGCUUACUUAAGCAGUAGUGAUCGUGUUCACUUACUGUGAAUCUGCACAUCUUGCUGAUUGCUAGACUGCUCCUGCUUCAUAUUUGUAGGUCACGUACAGGGGUUCCCAGCUUUAAUGCCAUGGAGCCUUGCCAUUAAUCCAAGGGGUCCAUGCUCCCCAUGUUGGGAGCUGUUGGUCUAGUAUCACCUACAACACCAAAACAUUGCUCUGUGAAAUUCUGUAUUCCGUCUAAUGCAAAUUGUGCAGGGAAAAAUGAAUAAAAGGUAAUAAUUUAUAAUUUAAUUAUUGAGAUUACAACUUUUUCAUCUGAACAAUGAAUUGUGUGUGGGUAAAUACAUGGGUAUAACAUUAAAAAUGAGAUUCUGCAGCACCCAAAAUGCUGGAGGAACUCAGCAAGUCAGGCAGCAUCUAUGGAGGGGAAUAAAGGAUCUUGACCCAAAACACUGACUCUCCAUAGAUUACUGAGUUCCUCUGGCAUUUUGUUGUUGUGAUACGUAUAACCAUGCAGUUUUCUUGACAAGUAAAGGGUAUUUAACCUUUUGAAUGUUUGCAGAAAUGUAAAGUGCACCUUGAUGCCUUUGGGGAGAUAGGUACAUUAGUUUGUCAUACAAAUCACACCCAUCUUAUUUCUGGUACAACUAGUUUAACAAUUUUGACUAAAAUUGUCAGGGAAAUGGUAGAGUGAAAAUAAUGUAAUGGAAAUGCAUGCCUGCAUCAGGAAUCUGAAUGCAUUGCAAGUGUUGUCUCUUAUGUUAAUAAUAAUUGUGUGCCAUAUAUAUCUUGAUUUGGAUAAGCUGUAACUUUAACCAUAUUAGUAAACAGUUUUGUUAGUUAGAUUUAAAGCAGAGUGUAUCAGCAGAUCUAAGUUAUAAAAUCAUAUGGAUCACAAAAACAUUUGAGAUGUUAUUCAAAGGUCUUUAUGUUUUAAAUAUCUUUUGGGAAAUGUUUAAUUCUGAUGGAAUGAGUAACAUUUCCUCUAACCUUUAAUAAACUUCAGAAAAUGAAAUGUUGCGUGUUAUACGGUACUAUUUAAUUUUGAGGAAAGUAGAAUUAAAUAUGAAAAACAUGUAACUUAACACCUGUUCAUGCUCAUGGUUUUAAUUCUAGUUUUCCCCAGACUAAAUACUCAAAAUAACUGGACAUGCACGAGUUGUGAAUUUUUUUUUCCAGUCAGUAGUUUCCCCCAUAGCCAACACUGGUCUUUUUGUGAUUCAUUAAAUUAUUUCAAAACUGAAUUCAUUUAAACUGAAAUUAAGCUUUCAGCCAUGCCUAUGUAUAAUCACAUCUGUCUGCUUUGUGUGUAACUACAAAGAAUCUUUAUUUCUGAUUUGGUAACUCCUGUUAUUUUGAAGCUUUCUGUUACCCUUGCUGAAUAUUGUGGUGUGCAGCAAUUUGAAUUCAUUUCUGAAAACUUUAAUAACUCUGCCUUAUUAAAUAAAAUUGAUACUGAACAUUCUUUUUAUUUACACGCAGCUCAUAUUGCAAGCAAAAUGUAAAACUUCAAAAGCGCAUCUGUUAAUGUCAAAAUAGUUUCCAUUAGAAGUAAAUAUGCAUUUUGGUGUCAUGCAAAAAUUCAAGUGUAAAGUGGGUCUGUUGGUCUUGACUGACAAGAAUCAAUAAAUAGAAUGGUUUGAAUUGUACAUUUGAAUUAAUUAAAUUCAACAUGUAUCGAGGGACAAUGAGAACCAAAGAUGGUAGGUAAUAGAGUUGAUCUGGUCACUGGAUUUAGCAGUCUUAACAAUCUUCUAGUCUGUGCUUUUUCAAAUCAGAAUUUAAUGCUACCUAUAAAUCAUGGGAAAUGUGAGAUACAGCAAAAUUUAAAUUCCAGCUUGUCAUUCCCAUUCCUGGGAUUGUUUUGCAGAAACACUUACUUUAAGAUAACAUUCCCUGGAAAAUGUUACUUCUAAUGUAACAAGCCUUGAUUUUUGUUUGGUUAUCUAUUGUGUGAUGCUGCCUUGCUGGGCUUCAUUUCUGCUUCUCAGGUACUGGACUUUUGUUUAAAUGGAAUCACUUGGUGGGACAAUUGAGUUUUACAGAGUCAGGGUUUCUGGUCUUUCUGAUGUGGGUAAUGCGGUUUUUGUACCAUUGUAAUAUGUACUUAAAAUAUCUAUAUUCAAUUUCUGUAGGAUUGUGCCUUUUAACUGCUGAGCAUUCUGAGGUAUUACAGAUCAUAAUGGUAACGUUCUUGUAAAAAUAAAAUU